AGUUCUAUUUUGUAAACAAAAUUUGCGUGUGCUCGUUUUAGAGAACUACUGAUUAUGUCUGAAAUUUGGAACUUUUCUCCUUCAUUACAAUUUGAAGUAGAACUGUGUUUAAGUACUGUUUCCAAUAAUGAAAACAACAAGUGGUUAAAAGCAUUCGGACAUUGUAAAUUUAACCUGGUUCAUCCACCUCGUCCUGCCGAACAUAACAAUAGUGAAAUUGAAGGGAGAAAUGCUUCCACAAUUAUCGUUAGCGCCGAAAAAGACCAUGCAGUAGUUGACAAUGCGAAAACCACAAUUACAGAUAAUGAAACUAUAGAAAAAAUUUGCGAGUGCUUACAUACAGACUUAUCUUCACGUUACAAUUUUAUGAUCGAGGAAUGUUUAAAAAACCCUAAUUUGCUAGUUAAACUUGCGUGUCAUUUGAACAUUAAUACAGUAGAGAAGAUAUGCAAGUUCGUUUUCGAAAGCAACAAUGUCAAUAAAGACUUUUUGGUACUAUUUUUCAAAGUCUUCUUACCUGCAUAUAUAAAAAGAGGUUAUAGUUGUCAUACGUUAGAUUUAUUACUCUGUGGUAGUAAGUUUUCAUUGGAGUUUGAUAUUUUUAUUAGGAAAAUUUUAAAAGAUUGCAAUAUACCUAAUAAUUUUCUUCAAGAUUAUGUUAAAAUGUUAAAUGGUGAACAGCAGUCUAGAUAUUUGUUAUUGUUGGCUAACUUAGACCUGUCCUCAGAACAGUUUGUACAUAAUUUAUUUUCAAUAUAUUUAGCAUAUAAAGAUUGUGUGAAAAGUGAUAAAAUUCAAUGUUUAAUUCAAUCACUACUUUAUGAAUAUUCAAAUAAUUGUAUUAGUGAUAAGAAUUAUGGCAGAUUAUUGUUAAGUUUCUUGCAAACAGUUAAAAGUUGUAAAGGAAAUUUUAAUCGGGAAUAUGUUGAGAAAAUUAUAACUUUACAUAGGUCGCCUUUUAAAAGACCGUGUUUGACUAUUUUCAAUGAACUCUUGAAUUAUGAGCAAUUGCAUACUGAUUAAAUUUUAAUAAUAAAAAAUAUUGUAAGCU